AUGGGAAACAAACAUUCCAAAGUCAAAGCAGAUAUCAAAAUAAUAGUGCUGCUAGGACCCAGUGGCUCUGGUAAAAGCACGUUCAUCAACCUAGCUAUGGGGAGGCCCGUUGUAGCAGUUGGCUCUGGUCUUGCUUGUUGCACUAAAAAAGUGCAAAGAGUCUCGUGUACCAUGCGAGGAGACUCGAACAAAGAUGUCUUGCUGGUGGAUACGCCGGCGUUUGAUCAUGAUAAACUCGAUCUCCCCCAAAUUGAGGACAUGAUACGCAAGCAGCUAAAAGAUAUGACAAAAAGAAAGAUCGAUAUAACCGGCAUAAUAUAUUUUCAUCCGAUUACUGCUAAUAGGUUGACGGAAGUCCCCAAAGACCACAUAGGUGUCUUCGAGCGCCUGGUGGGCAAAUACCCUGCUCGAAGAGUACUUCUCGCAACUUCGGGAUGGAAAGAUCUGAGGGACCCACAGAAUCUUGGGAGCCAACGAGAGCUUCAACUACAUCAGGACUACUGGAAGGAGAUGCUGGAUGGCGGUUCGAGGAUUCUACGUUUCGAAGGCACGGAGGAUUCCGCGUGGCAUUUAAUACGAGCUGUAUUAGCCUAG